CACAUAACCAAACCAAACAUACAUGAAAACAAUUUUGUUGUGUCUCAUCUCUCACAAAUCACAACACAACGUUAGAUUCUACAAGUCACAAAUUCUUUCUUUCUUUCUUUCUUUGUUUACUCUAUAAAACAACAACAUCACACUUUCACACUCACACUGUUCUUUUCUCUAUACUUGCUUUCUGUACCCAUCAUGAUGUUUCUUCCAGAUUUCAGAUAGUAUUGCUUCGACAAUUUGACUAGUCCAGUACCGAGUUCUGGAAAUACAAUCCCGCGAGAUCUCAGACGAGUCUUCUGUAGAAGGUAGAUAGAUGGGUUCUAGAAUUCCAUCUCAUCAGCUUAGCAAUGGCCUAUAUGUAUCAGGGCGGCCAGAGCAGCCGAAAGAAAGGGUUCCGACGAUGACCGCAACGGCCAUGCCAUAUACCGGUGGAGACAUAAAAAAGUCAGGAGAAUUGGGAAAAAUGUUUGAUAUUCCUACUGAUGGCUCAAAAUCUAGAAAAUCUGGACCAAUAACAGGCGCACCAUCACGAACAACAUCUUUUGGAGGAGCCGGUUCACAUUCCGGACCAAUUCAUCCUAAUUCUGCUGCUCGGGCUAUCUAUACUACUUCAGGUUCCAUGUCUAUUGGUGGCGCGGCUGGUUCCAAUUCACAAAAGAAAUCUAAUUCCGGGCCGUUGAGUAAGCAUGGGGAACCGAUUAAAAAAUCUUCUGGUCCUCAGUCUGGUGGAGUAACUCCAACUGGACGUCAACAUUCUGGACCUCUUCCUCCUGUUCUUCCGACAACAGGUCUCAUUACAUCGGGGCCUAUAUCAUCUGGCCCGCUAAACUCUUCUGGUGCUCCAAGGAAAGUGUCCGGUCCUUUGGAAGCGACAGGUUCGAUGAAGUUGCAAGGUUCUGCUGUUCCUGUUCACAAUCAAGCUGUCACGGUUCUCAAUCAAGGUGAUGAAUAUUCCUUUAGAAGGAAUUUUCCAAAGGCCAUGUUAUGGUUAUUAAUUCUGCUUUUUGUCAUGGGUUUCAUUGCUGGCGGUUUUAUUCUUGGAGCCGUGCACAAUCCUACUCUCCUUAUUGUGGUUGUGAUUCUCUUUGGCUUAGUUGCUGCGUCUUUCACUUGGAAUACUUAUUGGGGAAGAAGAGCUAUUAUGGGCUUCAUUGCCAAUUAUCCAGACUCCGAGCUUAGAACUGCAAAGAAUGGACAAUUUGUGAAAGUCUCUGGGGUUGUUACUUGCGGUAAUGUGCCUCUAGAGUCAUCUUUCCAGAAAGUCCCCAGAUGCGUAUAUACAUCAACAAGUUUAUAUGAGUAUCGAGGAUGGGACUCAAAAGCUGCGAAUCCUACACAUCGGCGACUUUCUUGGGGCCUUAGAUUGCUGGAAAGGCGUGUGGUUGAUUUUUACAUCUCAGAUUUCCAGUCUGGUUUAAGGGCAUUGGUCAAGACUGGUCAUGGAGCAAGAGUGACCCCUUAUGUUGAUGACUCGGUUCUCAUCAAUGUAAAUCCAACCAAAGAAGAGUUAUCUCCAGAGUUCAUUCGGUGGUUGGGAGAGAGAAAUUUGUCAAGUGACGACCGCAUCACGCGGCUGGAAGAAGGGUAUGUUAAAGAAGGAAGCACGGUGAGUGUAAUGGGGGUUGUUCACAGGAAUGAGAACGUGCUUAUGAUUGUUCCUCCACCAGAGCCAAUUACAACAGGUUGCCACUGGCUCAAAUGUAUUUUUCCUGCUAGCUUGGAAGGUAUAGUCUUAAGAUGCGAGGACACGUCCAAGAAUGAUGUCAUACCGGUUUAACAUAAUGUUGAUCAAGAAUGUUUGUUGCAUCAUCUAAUUGGUGAUUCUUAGAUAGUAUUCUUUUCCCCUCUAUUAUUAGCGGUGGUGGAAUAUAAUAUUGACAGAUUAUUAUAGAUUAAGAUGGCAGAAAUUGUGUGUAUGCGUUUAUUUGUUUAUUUUUCAAAUAUAUUUAAAUAGUUGUAUAGUUAUGGCUAGCUGGUUUGAUGUUCUUUUAGGAUUUGUAAACUUUGGUAAUGUUUGAUGCAGUGAAAAUUCUUAAAUGUUUGAAGCAUA